AUGGAGAAGUGCUCCAGCUGCGAGAGCCUCGCCUCCAAGCCGGCGGCGCCGGCCACCCGCCAGCCCAGCUCGGAUUCCCUGUCCAGUGCUUCUACCUCUCAUUCGGAUCACUCGGCACAUACCAAAUCAGCUUCGGUCAUCUCAUCGGAUUCUAUCUCCACCUCUACCGAAAACUUUUCUCCUGAUUUGAGGAUACUCAGAGAAUCUAAUAAAUUAGCUGAAAUGGAGGAGCCCCCUUUGCUACCUGGAGAAACUAUUAAAGACAUGGGUAAGUGCAGCUAUUUGUAUUUUCUCACCAAAGUAAAUUACAAGAGCUAUUCAGUCUCCAAAGAGCAAAACCCUCCAUUUGUUCUAGAUGGCCCUCUUGGAGUGAUUAACAGAGUAGAGAAAAUUGGAGGAGCUUCUAGUCGUGGUGAAAAUUCAUACGGCCUAGAAAUUGUGUGCAAGGAUGUCCGGAAUCUUCGGUUUGCUCAUAGACCUGAAGGUCGCACGAGAAGAUCCAUAUUCGAGAACUUGACAAAAUAUGCAUUUCCGGUGUCCAAUCACUUGCCCCUUUUCGCAUUUGAGUAUAAAGAAGUUUUCCCAGAAAAUGGCUGGAACGUUUAUGAUCCCAUUCUGGAGUACAGAAGACAGGGAAUUCCAAAUGAAAGCUGGAGAGUCACUAGCAUCAAUGAGCAAUAUGAGCUUUGUGAUACCUAUCCUGCCCUUCUGGUAGUUCCAGCCAAUAUUCCAGAUGAGGAGCUGAGGAAAGUGGCUGCGUUCCGGUCAAGGGGCCGUAUACCUGUUCUAUCAUGGAUUCAUCCAGAAAGCCAAGCCACCAUCACUCGCUGCAGCCAGCCAAUGGUUGGAGUCAGUGGCAAGAGGAGCAAAGAAGAUGAAAAGUACCUUCAGGCUAUCAUGGAUUCCAAUGCCCAGUCCCACAAAAUACUCAUUUUUGAUGCCAGACCAAGUGUGAACGCAGUAGCUAACAAGGCAAAAGGAGGAGGUUAUGAAAGUGAGGACGCCUAUCAGAAUGCCGAAUUGGUUUUCCUGGACAUCCAUAAUAUCCACGUCAUGAGAGAGUCAUUGAGGAAACUCAAAGAAAUUAUAUAUCCCAACAUAGAAGAGACACACUGGCUGUCGAAUUUGGAAUCCACUCAUUGGCUGGAGCAUAUCAAGCUGAUUCUCGCUGGAGCUCUUCGGAUUGCUGACAAGGUUGAAUCAGGGAAGACCUCAGUGAUUGUACAUUGUAGCGAUGGAUGGGACCGUACUGCUCAGCUCACAUCUCUGGCCAUGCUCAUGCUAGAUGGCUAUUACAGGACGAUACGAGGCUUCCAGAUGCUGCUAGAGAAAGAAUGGCUGAGUUUCGGGCACAGAUUCCAGCUGAGAGUUGGCCACGGAGACAAAAAUCACGCUGAUGCUGACCGAUCUCCUGUUUUCCUCCAGUUUGUGGACUGUGUGUGGCAGAUGACGAGACAGUUUCCCACAGCUUUUGAAUUCAACGAGUUCUUACUCAUCACCACCCUUGACCAUCUCUACAGCUGUCUCUUUGGGACCUUCCUGUGUAACAGUGAGCAGCAGAGAGUGAAAGAGGGCCUUUCAGAAAAGACAGUAUCCCUGUGGUCCUACAUCAACAGUCAGCUUGAAGACUUCACCAACCCUCUGUAUGCCAGCUACACCAACCAUGUGUUAUAUCCAGUGGCCAGCAUGCGUCACUUGGAGCUUUGGGUAGGAUACUACAUCCGGUGGAAUCCUCGGAUGAAACCACAGGAACCAGUCCACAAUCGCUACAAAGAACUCCUAGCAAAACGAGCAGAACUGCAGAAAAAAGUGGACGAGCUUCAGCGAGAAAUCACCAAUCGCUCCACUUCCUCCUCUGAGAGGGCCGGUUCCCCCGCGCAGUGCGUUACGCCGGUCCAGACGAUUGUAUGA